GGUGGACGUCUUGAGGCACUAACAUUUCUGUACGAAAACGGUGGUGACAUGAGGGCGGUCGAUAACUUCGGCCGAACGGCACUUCAUGUGGCGACGAUCGACCGCAGUUUCAACUGUGUUCCGUUUCUGAACAGUGUCUGUGACUCGGACGUCAUGGACGUCAGCGGAAAAACGGCACAAGACUACUUGUGUCAUCGAUGCCUCAUCGACAGCGUAUGA